AAAAAUCGGGCUACACCGAUAUCAUGGCCCAAAGCAUGUGUUCUUCACAACAAUCAGAUAUUACCUUUUCAAAUGAAUAUGAAAAAAUUGACUCUAAAAAACUCGAAAAUCGCUCAAUAUAUAUCAUUAAAAAUACAGAUGAAAUGCAAUUAAGCAGCUUUAAGCAACUUUGUAAUCCUGCUCCGACACUUCCUAUACAUUCUCCACAUUCUCCCGGUCAUCUCAAUCCAUAUCCUAAUACUCAGCAAAGAAAACUGUCAGCUAGGUACAUAGAUAAUAAAAUUAUCAAACAAAAGUCUGCAAAAAAAACAAUUAUCGUUCAAGAAAUUUCUGAAAAUCCAGUUUGUUUCAGUGAAGAAGAGAUACUAGCAACAACAGCUCAUUCUAGUAAGAUAUGUAGAUUUACAAAAUCAAUAAACCAAAAUGAUUAUUUAGGAAACUCUGCAAUGAAAUAUAUUCUUAAUGAUAAUCCGAAGAGAAAUUUCUUGAAUUCGAUGCUUGAGAACAUGCCGAAUCAAAAGGAUAUGAGUACUAUGGAAGAAACACAUUUACGUAAAAAGGAAAUGUCAACAAGUGAUUUAAAAUUUACAAAAAUUUCUUCAGAUGUAAAUCAGAAACCUAAAAGUUCUCUUGAGGCUCAAGACAAUCAUAAUAGACAUCAAUUUAUUUUCAAAAUUAGUAAAUCUGAGCAGACAUCGCCAAAUAUCAUUUAUAAAAACUCGAUUUUUGACUAUAGUUAUAACAAAAGAAGUACGGAUUCUCUGCUACGAGUUUCAGGUAUAGACCCAUGGAUAAAGAAAACUGACGUGUCAGAUUAUGGGUUAGUUGAAGUUGGGAAAAGUACAGCGGAUCCUUGGGUCAAGCGUGCAAGCAUUGCUUACAAAAAAACAGCUUUUAGUAAAGAAAAAUGUCAAAAUGGGAAUGUAAGAUCAGGUUGUGCAAAAGCAGAUUUUGUUCCGGAAACAAAAAAAAAAACUUACUUAAAACCAGAUAUGCCACAUCAACAAAAAUGUAGAAAUGGGGAAUCGGUACUUUCAGCACCUCCUUCUCCUAGUCUAAAAAAUACGUUUAAUAAUAUCUGUAACAUACAUUAUUCACAAAAGAAAAGUUUUCCGACAAAAUCAGCCAGUUUUUCACCAGCUAAAGGUAAACCAUUGCUGAGUUCAUUUGAAGAUUCUUUAUAUGUCAAUUUAACAUCACUUCAAUCAGUAUCAAUAAAUUCAAAUUCUGUUACAAAUCCAAAUCAAUUAAGAGACACAGAAAAUAGAAAUUCCUAUCGCUUAAAUGUAAAUAAUUCCAAUAAUUUACUCAGUAGACACAGCUUUUCUUCUUCAAUUUCUAAACCGUCUAAAGAUGAACUUCAAUUAAAUAUUUGUCGUCUAUCGGAACAAAUGGGUCGAAUGGACAAUGUACAACUUUUAUUGAGUAAUGAUAGCAGUGUUAAUAAUCAAGAAUAUGCUGUGGGAGAAACUUUUGCCCAAAGAGCACAAAUUUACGAAUUUCCCGCGACACCCACAGAAUCGGAUAUAACGGAUAAAACAGGCUUUGAAGAUAUAUUGAAAUUUAAGAAAGACGGCGGUCGCAGUGCUAAAUACAACCCUAAAAUUUCAACAGUUGUAGAUAAAACAGAGUUGUAUAUUAGUCAUCAGAAGCCAAAACCCAUGCCCGAAACCACCUGUUAAACCAUUGUUCGAAAUUGGAUUCUCAAGAUGUGCUUGCGUAUUUGUGUAUGUUUAUAUAUUCGAAUCAAAAUAUGUUAGAAUAAAUAAUGGCAUAAAUAAAUGUAUUAAUAUCAGUUUUAUUUAAGCCUGCAAGCUUCACAGUAUAAAUGCAUUUAUAUAAAAUUGGAAUGCUUAUACAUUCCUAAUAAAAACACAUUAUUUUAAGUUGUAGGUUAAAAAUAUU